CUGCUACCGUCUCAGAGAUCUACAUUACACAAACAAAGCUCCCUUUGUAUACUGGCUCCUGUUACUGUGAAGAUCAGGUACAAUACACAUCACUGCAUUUGCCAGUAAAGGAGAAGCAUUAUAAGAAUAUCUGACAAAUUCAGUUGCUGAACAAGAAAAUGUCGGACAAGACUGAGAACCAAACCUCAGACCUUCCUGAUGCACACGGAGGGCUUCUAGAGGAAAACCUAGGCACCGGGCUAUUAAAUGUGAAGGAAGAGGAUGAGACAGAUGAUAUGAAUAGUCAUCAGAGUGAAAUAGAUUGGUCCCUCCCUGCCGACGAAGACGACACUGAUAUAUUGAAAGUUGAGAUAACAGACGAUCUGUGUGUAACGCUGGGAACCCCGUAUGAGGAAACCAGUGACAGUAUCAGCCCACGCCGUAUGGAUGUGACGCCUUCUGAUGGCUCAGCAGUUGAGCGCAGAAGAGAACCGUAUGUGUUUGAUCAGGUGAAGACUGAGGAGGAUGAAGUUCCUAUAAAUACGGCUACAGAUACCUUCUUGAACUACAAUAAUCCUAGUCACGGUCAGAGUGCAGAUGCUUCUUUCAAUCUUCUUCAGUACCAAACAAGCUAUGUAGGAAAUGUAUGUCCUGAAUGUGGGAAAUGUUUUAACACAAAAUCACAACUUAUUAACCAUCUGAAAAUUCAUACAGCAAAGAAAGUGUUUUCAUGUUUGGAAUGUGGGAAAUGUUUUAGUCGGAAAUCAAUUCUUAUUAAUCAUCAGGCACUUCAUAUAGGAAAGAAAGCAUUUUCAUGUUUUGAAUGUGGGAAAUGUUUUAUCUGGAAAUCAUCUCUUUGGAAUCAUCAGAAAAUUCAUUUAGAAGAGAAAGCAUUUUCAUGUUCUGAAUGUGGGAAACGUUUUGCCAAGAAAUCAUAUCUUAUUGAACAUCUGAAAAUCCAUACAGCAGAGAAAGCAUUUUUAUGUUUUGAAUGUGGGAAAAGUUUUGCUCAGAGAUCAAAUCUCAUAACUCAUCAGAAAAUUCAUACAAAGGAGAAAGCAUUUUCAUGUUCUGAAUGUGGGAAAUGUUUUACUCUGAAAUCAACUCUUAUUUCUCAUCAGCAAAUUCAUACAGGAAAAAAAGCAUUUUCAUGUUCUGAAUGUGGGAAAUGUUUUACCUGGAAAUCAAAUCUUAUUACACAUCGGAAAAGUCAUACAGGAGAGAAAGGAUUUUCAUGUUUUGAAUGUGGUAAAUGCUUUACUCGGAAAACAAAUCUUAUUAAUCAUCAGAAAGUUCAUUUGGAAGAAAAAGCAUUUUCAUGUUCUGAAUGUGGGAAAUGUUUUUCCAAGAAAUCAUAUCUUAGUGAACAUAUGAAAAUUCAUACAGGAGAGAAAGCAUUUUUAUGUUUUGAAUGUGGGAAACGUUUUACUCAGAGAUCAAAUCUUAUCACUCAUCAGAAAAGUCAUACAAAGGAGAAAGCAUUUUCAUGUUCUGAAUGUGGGAAAUGUUUUACUCUGAAAUCAACUCUUAUUUCUCAUCAGCAAAUUCAUACAGGAAAGAAAGCAUUUCCAUGUUCUGAAUGUGGGAAAUGUUUUACCUGGAAAUCAAAUCUUAUUACACAUCGGAAAAGUCAUACAGGACAGAAAGGAUUUUCAUGUUUUGAAUGUGGUAAAUGCUUUACUCGGAAAACAAAUCUUAUUACUCAUGAGAGAAUUCAUAUUGAAGGGAAUCAGGGAAAUCAUAGAUUAACCUUGUAAGUGCAGAGGGUGAUACAUAAGCAUCAUCUGCACAAUACCUAGAGUGCUCAUGAUUACAUAUACUCUGGGGACAUUCUUUUGUAGCUGUUUGAGGCCCCUUUGCACCUAAUCUGCAGUUAUGAGAUAGUGUAGUGUGCUCAUCACAGUGUGUGUGUGUGUG